GAGCAAAGACACCGGCCUGGAUGGAGGACACAGCACACAGAUCCUCUCAGUGAUGGGCUGCUCAGGAUGCUGCCUGUUAGGGAUCACCUGCUUGGUGUCUGUCUUUCUCCACUGUGGUGCUGUGCGUGUGACAGUGAGAGAGUCCACUCUGGAGGUGGUGCAGGGUGACUCUGUCACUUUACCAUGCUCCUUCCUCACGACCAUGCCCCUGUUCCGCCUCAGCAUCAUCUGGACCUUGACACCCUUUUUUGACCCAGACUCUCCUACACAGGUGAUCGUGUAUGACCAAGGGCAGGUGAUAGAAAGCCCCGCCUUCACUGGCAGGGUGGAGUUUGCUGACAUGCCCUGGAGCGCUGAUGUCAUCCUCAAUGAUACCCGGGUGUCUGACGCUGGCACUUAUCGCUGCGUGGUGAGCAACCCACCAGAGACAGGUGACCCUGGCAUUGGAGAACUCAGCCUCAGUGUCCUGGCACCCCCAUCCCUGCCUGUCUGUUUGUGGGAGGGGGACACUGAUGCAGGGGGCAGUGUGACCCUGUCGUGUGCAGUGGUGGAGGGGGUCCCGACUCCUCAGAUGAGCUGGGAGAAGCUGGAACCAGAACAGAUCACUCUACCUGUCAACAUGGAGGGUGAGCUAAUGGGCUCGGUGAAAAUCGUGAAUGUGUCGGCACAGAACUCUGGUGUGUAUCGCUGCUCUGUGACCAACGUGCUGGGCACUCAGAACUGCUAUGUGAAUCUUUCAGUGUAUAUCCCUCCGGACGAUUCCCCGGGAAUCCUGCAGGGGGUGCUGCUGACACUCAUCAUGGCUCUGGUGCUGCUGGCUCUGCUGGUGCUGGUGCUGUGGCUCCACCGCUCGGCUCAGGAGAGCAAAUGGAGGAACAGCCGUGAAGACGAGGAGUGCUACAACGAGAUCAGAUACACUCCCUCUCUGAUUAAACGCUCUUUUGUCUGAGGAAGAGUCUUUUGUACCGGGACUGUUUUUGAAUACUCAUGUUUGGGUAGAGGACGCUAGCAUUAGCCUUUCAGUUAAUAUACAAAACGUCCACUGAUGUUUAAUAAACUUCCUGCGCAUCCUUCA